AUUUCCUUGUCUGUCAUAUGCGAAGCUAAGGGAAGAAGAACCGAUUUAUCCUCUGGAUAAAUAAAUAUACCACUUUUCUAACGGAAGAAACACGCCAGGCAUUUGAAUUAUACAUGAUAUACAGCCUCAAUUUGACCCAGGUAGCUUAAUGCUAAAUUUAGCCGCCGUUUCGUAUCAGUGUUUGUUAAGCUAGCUGUUAUCACGUCGCUAUCUGACUGCAGCCCCCUGCUCUCCAAACACACCGCCUUUGUGGCUAUGAGUACGGAUUUACUUUCUGAUUUGGACAGUCGUUUCUUCGCUGAUAACCUCCUGACAAGCGAAGACUGGGAUGCCUGUCUGUACCAGUGUGAGAGCAUGGAGGAGGGCGAGGACGCUGACUUCAGCAGAGGGGUGAAACACGAGCCGGCGUUUGACAAUAACCUUGUGUUCACCCUCGAUCCUGACAACCCCACGUCGCCAUGGCAACACCUUGACGAAAACCUUCUCACAGGGGAGGCUCCUGUGAUAAAAAGUGAAAUGACCAUCACUAAGCCGUUACCUGUGGAAAUGUUGUUCCAGGUGAAGGCAGAGCCUCCCUCUCCUGCAUCCUCAUUCAGUUCUGAAUGCUCUGUAGCGUCCCCAGACCCUCAGAUCACAGUUAAAGGGGAAAACCCCCCCACUCCUCCCUACAUGUACGGAGACGUGUUGUCCCCUCCGCUGGGGUCCUUGGAGGUCACCGUGGCAACUUCAGCUAAACCAAAGGCCCAGCUACAGGCACAGCUACAGGCGCCGUUAGCAGCACAGAUCCCAGCAGUCCUCUGUGGGAUUCAGACGCAGGCCUCAGUUCUGCCGGGUCCAGCCACGUUAAAGGCCAGCUCCAUCCUGAGCACCAAACCUCUCAUCCAGCCCAGACCGGUGUGUGUUUCCAGCCUCCCCGUCACCCAGACCCCCGCAGCCCCCAAGGCCCUCAUCCUGCACGGCCUCCCCUCCAUGGACCAGAACAGACCUGUCGUCUUGUCUCAGUCUGUCUGCCUCGGUUCCACCCCGGCCAUCGUCAAAAUGGAGCCUUUGUCCCCCGGCAUCCCGCAGCACUGCCCCAGCCCCACAGCCCUGCCCUGCAGCAAACCCAUCGUUCCGGCAACGACAACGUUACCUGGCAACAACUGCAUGGAUAUCGAUAUGAAGGUGCUGAAGCGGCAGCAGAGGAUGAUAAAGAACCGGGAGUCUGCGUGCCAGUCGAGGAAGAAGAAGAAGGAGUAUCUGCAGACCCUGGAGGCUCAGCUGAGGGAGGCCCAGCAGGAGAACGAGCGUCUGCGCAGAGAGAACCAGGCGCUGAGGGAGAGGCUGGCCGGGAAGGAGGGCAGUGACUCAGCGAGCAACAAGCGAGCCGUGUGUGUGAUGGCCGUCCUGCUCUUCAUGACCUUCAGCUUCGGACCCGUCAGCAUCACAGACAGGAAGCUAACAGGUCUACAGGACGGGGUGGUGCCGUAUACGGGACGGAGACUGCUGGAGUUUGAACAACAACAACAACAGAAACAACAACAAAAAGCCCAUCAGCAGCAGGCGGCCCCCCCUCCGAGCAGAGUGGAGGACGGGACGGAGCUGGAGGAGGAGGCAGGAGACGAGGCUCCAGAGUCAUAUCAGUUCAGGAACCUGAGUGAUGUGUUCAGUGACAUGAAGGACCUGGUGCUGCAGGACAUCGAUCGGUACUUCAGCUCGUCAGACUGCAGACAGUUCAACCGCUCCGAAUCGCUCAGGCUGGCAGAUGAGCUGAGAGGCUGGGUCCAACGGCACCAGAUCGACAGGAAGAAGUCCGGAGGGAAACCCAAAAUAGCCAAGAAGGCCAAGAUCGCCCAGAAAGCUCAGCUGAGGAAGACAAACUUCUCCAGAUAUCUGCCCAUCCAGGCUCACCGCUCCAUAGAAAGCCAGCUGCAGGUGCUUCCUGGUCCGGAGGUCACCUACAGCGACUUCCUGGACGCCAUCGACCGGAGAGAGGACACUUUCUACGUCGUGUCCUUCAGACGGGAUCACCUGCUGUUACCGGCCAUCAGCCACAAUAAGACCAGCAGACCCAAGAUGUCUCUGGUGAUGCCCGCCAUGUCUGUCAACGAGAGUCUGUAUAACUCCUCUCAGGGCUAUGAGAUGAUGAUGCAGGUGGACUGUGAGGUCAUGGACACCCGCAUCGUCCCCAUCAAGUCCUCGGCCGUCCCGCGGUCUCUCCGCGACCCGCCUCCGCCCCCCCCCUCCGCCUCUCACAACCACCAUCACCACGGCAACCACACCUCACUCAGAGGGCGCCACCAUCAUCCUUCUUCUUCUUCUUCAGCACCGUCUCCCAGGCAACCUUUACCCCCCCGCAGGCGGACGGACGAAUAUUUAAUCAGCCAAUCAGAAGGGGUCUGAUGAGACUGACAGAUGAGAAGAAUUUAAUUGAAGAUGAAAGAAAUAUUCAAGCCUUGAGACGGACAUCUUUUAAAAAAAUAACUUCAUCAUCCCUCUGACAGGUAACUAACAGAAUUAUUUUCUUCCUGGAGAAGCUUUAUACAGUUUUCUGGAGAAAAAAAACAUCUAAUAAAUGAUUUUAUUCAA